AUGGCUGCCAAAUUACUCACUCAAUUUUCUCACUGGAAAAUAGGAGAUGGUCGCGACCUAGGCGUCUCCACUCACCUUUGGAUGAAUGGGGCUAAGCCUAUUUUUCGGGACCAAGUUCCGUUAUCAGCUGCUCGUAACCUCCGAGUUGCGGACCUGAUACUGGAGGAUCAAGGUAAAUGGAAUUUUCGGAAAAUAACUGCUACAUUUGAACCGGUUUCGGCUCGUCAAAUAAAAAGUAUUGAACUACCUCACGCUCCCAACAUACGUGACGAGCAAUUUUGGCCUUACAACAAAUCAGGCAAGUACACCACCAAAUCGGGGUAUGCGAUACUACUCCAACAGCAAAAUGAAAUCUGUAGCAUGACAUCUACCUUGGACAGGGAUUUCUUUCGUGUACUAUGGGGAUUGCGCAUCAUGCCAAAAUGGAAAAUUAUUAUCUGGAAAUUGUGGCAUAAAGGACUAGCUACAAAACAAAAUCUUUACCGAUGCCAGAUUGGCGACUCUAGUAAAUGUCCGAUUUGCCUGAAUGAUAUUGAAGAUACAUAUCAUCUUUUUCGCUCUUGCCCCUUGGCACUCGAGGCUUGGGCUCAUCGCAAUUAUGGAAUGAACCAAAAUACAGGUAACGAACUUUCCAUGCGUGAUUGGAUUCGUUACUGGCAACUUUUCUUUUAUAAAGCUGACGGCUACUAA